GAGGGGAGGAGGAAAGGACGAUCGGACAGGGCCAGUUUCCAGUCCGCCGCUGCUCGCCCGCUGCUUGGUGAAGAAGUUUCUGAGAGCCCGCUAGCCACUGCCCUACCUGGGGCCUGGGAGCCUCCCCACCAGGACCCUGGUGCCCAGUGUCCACCCUUAUCCGGCUGAGAAUUCUCCUUCCGUUCAGCGGACGCCGCGGGCAUGGACUAUUCGUACGACGAGGACCUGGACGAGCUGUGUCCAGUGUGUGGUGACAAGGUGUCGGGCUACCACUACGGGCUGCUCACGUGCGAGAGCUGCAAGGGUUUCUUCAAGCGCACAGUCCAGAACAACAAGCAUUACACGUGCACCGAGAGUCAGAGCUGCAAAAUCGACAAGACGCAGCGUAAGCGCUGUCCCUUCUGCCGCUUCCAGAAGUGCCUGACGGUGGGCAUGCGCCUGGAAGCUGUGCGUGCUGAUCGAAUGCGGGGUGGUCGGAACAAGUUUGGGCCCAUGUACAAGAGAGACCGGGCCUUGAAGCAGCAGAAGAAAGCACAGAUUCGGGCCAAUGGCUUCAAGCUGGAGACCGGACCACCGAUGGGGGUGCCCCCGCCACCCCCUCCCCCACCGGACUACAUGUUACCCCCUAGCCUGCACACACCGGAGCCCAAGGCCCUGGUCUCUGGCCCACCCAGUGGGCCGCUGGGUGAUUUUGGAGCCCCAUCUCUACCCAUGGCUGUGCCUGGUCCCCACGGGCCUCUGGCUGGCUACCUCUAUCCUGCCUUCUCCAACCGCACCAUCAAGUCUGAGUAUCCAGAGCCCUAUGCCAGCCCCCCUCAACAGCCAGGGCCACCCUACAGCUAUCCAGAGCCCUUCUCGGGAGGGCCCAAUGUACCAGAGCUCAUAUUGCAGCUGCUGCAACUAGAGCCAGAGGAGGACCAGGUGCGCGCUCGCAUCGUGGGCUGUCUGCAGGAGCCAGCCAAAAGCCGCUCUGACCAGCCAGCGCCCUUCAGCCUCCUCUGCAGAAUGGCCGACCAGACCUUUAUCUCCAUUGUCGACUGGGCACGAAGGUGCAUGGUCUUUAAGGAGCUGGAGGUGGCUGACCAGAUGACACUGCUGCAGAACUGCUGGAGCGAGCUGCUGGUGUUGGACCAUAUCUACCGCCAGGUCCAGUACGGCAAGGAAGACAGCAUUCUGCUGGUUACUGGACAGGAGGUGGAGCUGAGCACAGUGGCUGUGCAGGCUGGCUCCCUGCUGCACAGCCUGGUGCUGCGGGCCCAAGAGUUAGUGCUCCAGUUGCAUGCACUGCAGCUGGACCGCCAGGAGUUCGUCUGCCUCAAGUUCCUCAUCCUCUUCAGCCUCGAUGUGAAAUUCCUGAACAACCACAGCCUGGUAAAGGACGCCCAGGAGAAGGCCAACGCUGCCCUGUUGGAUUACACCUUAUGUCACUACCCACACUGCGGGGACAAAUUCCAGCAGUUGCUAUUGUGCCUGGUGGAGGUGCGGGCCCUGAGCAUGCAGGCCAAGGAGUACCUGUACCACAAGCAUUUGGGCAACGAGAUGCCCCGCAACAACCUUCUCAUUGAGAUGCUGCAGGCCAAGCAGACUUGAGCCUGGGUGCCAGGCAGCGGGCAAUAGGCAGGGAUGCCACUGCCUUCAAAAGACUCCUUGCAUUAGGUGAUCCAGGAGCCUGUCACUAAGCCCCUGCCCCUGAGCUCCAGAGCUGUGUGUUUGGGAUGACGGGCAAGGAUGGGCGGGGAUUGGCCGGGGUAGGUUGCCUUCACUAGCCAUUGGCCUGUGUCUGCCACUUGGAGUGCCCCAAAGGGGGCUUCUAACCACUCCUUCCUCCAUCAGCCCCCAGCUUUUUUUCCUGGUAUCUGAGGUCCCAGGAGGAGGCUCAGGAUUCCCUGGUGGGUCUGGAUGUCCCUUGGGUCAGAGGUCAUCCUGUCCCUCUCUCCUGUUAUCAGAGGCAAAGAAAGGUCUACAGGCAUCAAUGAGGGCAGAGGAGGGGGUCUCCAGACUCCACUGAAGCAGGGAAGGAAGUCCACUGUUGUAAACUGAGUUUGCUAAAUUUGGUCCCCAGAGGACACCAUGAGAGAGGGUAGGGCAAAAAGAGCCCCUCCUGCCCUCUAUCCAUCUAAUUCUGAUCCUCUACCUGUAGAAGGACUUUGGUGUGAUCAUCCUUCUCCCGGGGCCCAGCUACCCAGGGAGGAGGAGUCUGGUGUAGUCACCAUUCCUGCCCUAACCCUGCCCAUCAUCAGCUGGCUGGGCUGGUAUUUAUCUGCAAGGUUGCAGUCACCAGGAUUCUUUUCCUUUCACCUAGAUUGUCCUUGGAAAGUGUGUGAGAGAGGAGUGGGCAGGAGACAGAGGACUGAGCUGGGAAAUGGGGACUAGCACCAAAGCUUUCUCCUGACAUCUCUUUCCAAGAGUCAGGGUGGCAUCUGGUCAUCUCUAUGUACUCCACCUCACCCCCGAGAAGAGCUAUUGCUUGCCCUCUGCCUCAGCCCCACUAGGGAAGCAACAGGAGGCCUGCAGGGGCUUAGAGUCCGUGCAGGUGGGGAUAUGGGUAAAUCUAGGAGAACUCACAGAUCUUUAUAUGAGGACAGUGCUGAGGACUUUCUCAUGGCUCCAUCCUUUUGGUCCCUUGCCACUACCCUUGAAGCUGGCCUCAGUUCCCUGGCUGCUGCUUUGCCUCCUGAAAGCCACUCUGUAGGACCAAGCACUGGGAGAGAGGCCUAAGCCAUCCUCUGUUCCGGACUGGACAUCCACUGUCUUUCCUGCUUUCGCGUCAGAUUUACAGCUUAUGCUAGGCCUGCCCAACUGGACAAGGCUGUCUCCUGUCUUCUACUACCCUGGCUCAGCCCCCACCUCUGCUCCUGAAAUGCGUGCUCCCACCAAGGCCAGAGACCCACAGCCCCAAGACAAGAAGUGCCCUUAUAAACCCCUGCAGCCCUGCAGCCCUGAAAUAAAUUUUGCAAUUAGUUUCCAGUA